AUGGAUUGGUUGGAAAAGCACCAUGUAUCGGUAGAUUGUUUUCGGAAGAAAGUCGUACAUAGAAGUCUUGGACAACCUGAAGUAGAAAUCUGUGGAGAGCGCAGAGUUCUCCAAUCUUGUCUCAUCUCUACCAUAAGGGCAAAAAGAUUACUCAAGAAGGGCUGUGUGGGAUACUUAUCCCACAUCAUUGAUACUCAUGGGGUCACUCUGAACUUGGAAGAUGUUCCUGUUGUUUGUGAAUUUCCAGAUGUCUUUCCGGAUGAUCUUCCUGGUUUGCCUCCUCAGAGAGAAACCGUGUUCACUAUCGAACUCCUUCCAGGCACGAAUCCAAUUCAUCAAGCUCCUUAUAGGAUGGCACCAACAGAGUUGCGUGAGUUGAAGUUUCAAUUGCAAGAAUUGGUUGAUCUUGGGUUUAUCCGACCUAGUGUUUCCCCUUGGGGUGCACCAAUGUUGUUUGUAAAGAAGAAGGAUGGGACCAUGAGGCUUUGUAUCGACUACAGGCAAUUGAACAAAGUGACAGUGCAUAAUCGAUAUCCUUUGCCUCGAAUCGAUGACUUGUUCGAUCAGUUGAAGGGGGCCAAGUAUUUUUCCAAGAUUGACUUGAGAUCGGGAUAUCAUCAACUCAGAGUACGAGAUGAGGAUAUUCUGAAGACAACAUUCAGGACUCGUUAUGGCCAUUAUGAAUUCUUGGUGAUGCCUUUCGGGUUGACGAAUGCUCCAGCAGCGUUUAUGGAUCUCAUGAACAGAGUGUUCCGACCUUAUUUGGAUCGCUUUGUGAUUGUGUUCAUAGACGACAUCCUUGUAUAUUCCCGAACUUUGGAGGGUCAUAAGAAACAUCUGAGGCUGGUGUUGAAAGACUUUGAGAAGGAAGCAGCUUUAUGCCAAGUUCAAGUGGACUUCCUUGGACAUGUGAUAUCAGCAGAAGAAAUUUAUGUGGACCCUCGUAAAGUAGAAGCUGUUGUGAAUUGGGUGCAACCCACAAGUGUAAUAGAAGUACGAAAUUUCCUGGGGUUAGCGGGCUACUAUCGUCGAUUUGUAGAAGGGUUUUCCUCGAUAGCAGCACCUCUUACUCGGUUGAUGAGGAAGAAUAGUUUUCAAGAGCUGAAGAAGCGGGUAACCACCGCACCUGUUUUGGCUCUUUCGGAUAACUCGGGGAACUUUGUGAUCUACAAUGACGCAUCUUUACAAGGCUUGGGAUGUGUUUUGAUGCAGCCUGAUAGGGUGAUUGCUUACGCCUCGAGGCAACUCAAGAAGCAUGAGCAGAAUUAUCCUAUCCAUGACUUGGAACUUGCCGCAGUGGUGUUCGCUCUCAAGAUAUAG